UUUCUUCAGGUAGAAACAAAAUGAAUAUUCCUGUGCUGCUCCAGUGUUCUCACCAGCAUCUCCUAAGAGGCCUUUUAAGCACACCUUUCCUGCGUUCCCGCUUCAUCUGUCCCUCAAGUACUCACCUCGGAUCAGGAAUCUCAUGUACUCAGCCAUUUAAUUCUCUUGGACUCUAUUGUACAAAGCGGAUGCUGCCAUCAGUUGGUGUAAAGAGAAAAUUAUGUGUCCAAACAACCUUAAAGCAACACACAGAAAGACUUUCUGAUAAAGAGCAAAGAUUUGUGGAUAAACUUUAUACUGGCUUAAUCCAGGGACAAAGGGCCUGCUUAGCAGAGGCCAUUACUCUUAUAGAAUCAGCUCACCACAGGAAAAAAGAGUUGGCCCAGGUGCUUCUUCAGAAGGUAUUAAUCUACCACAGAGAACAAGAACAAUUAAAUAAAGGAAAACCACUAGCAUUUCGAGUGGGAUUAUCUGGGCCCCCUGGUGCUGGAAAAUCAACAUUUAUAGAAUAUUUCGGAAAAAUGCUUACAGAGAGAGGGCACAAAGUAUCUGUGCUGGCUGUGGACCCUUCUUCUUGUACUAGUGGUGGAUCACUCUUAGGUGAUAAAACUCGAAUGACUGAGUUAUCAAGAGAUAUGAAUGCAUACAUCAGGCCUUCCCCUACCAGAGGAACUUUAGGAGGUGUGACCCGGACUACAAAUGAAGCUAUUCUUUUGUGUGAAGGAGGGGGAUAUAAUAUCAUUCUUAUUGAAACUGUAGGUGUGGGUCAGUCGGAGUUUGCCGUUGCUGACAUGGUUGACAUGUUUGUUUUACUGCUGCCACCAGCAGGAGGAGAUGAAUUGCAGGGUAUCAAAAGGGGUAUCAUUGAGAUGGCAGAUCUGGUUGCUGUCACCAAAUCUGAUGGAGACUUGAUUGUACCAGCUCGAAGGAUACAAGCUGAGUAUGUGAGUGCCCUGAAGUUACUCCGCAAACGUUCAGAAGUCUGGAGACCAAAGGUAAUUCGUAUUUCUUCCAGAAGUGGAGAGGGGAUCUCUGAGAUGUGGGAUAAGAUGAAAGAAUUCCAGAACCUCAUGCUUGCCAGUGGGGAGCUGACUGCCAAACGACAGAAGCAGCAGAAAGUUUGGAUGUGGAACCUCAUCCAAGAGAGCGUGCUAGAGCACUUCAGGACCCACCCCACGGUGAGGGAACAGAUCCCGCUUCUGGAAAGAAGAGUUCUCAGCGGGGCCUUGCCUCCAGGACUAGCCGCAGACUUGUUGCUGAAAGCUUUUAAAGACAGAGACUGACAACAUUUACUCUGUACAGUGAACUGCUGUAAGUUUCAUAAGGCAUUUUAAUAUUAAAAAAAACACUGGUAAUUGCUUAUAUGUUCAGAAACAUUUUGUAGCAUUUGGAUUAUUACUUUGUGAGUCAUGCCUGAA